CCCGUCGGCUUUUUUUCGUUUAAUUUUUAUUUAGAUUAGAAAUUAUCAUUAGCUAAAAAAAUAAUGCUUCUAUCUUUUUGGUCCACAAUUUUUUGUCUUGUACUAAGUACAAUUUUGCUGAUUGCAUUGGUUAAUUCAGAUGCCAAUAGUAAUAAAAAUUACCUGCGGAAGGAGCAUUCCUUGAUGAAGCCAUACAAAGAUGACAGAUGGAAUUUGCUUGGAAGUGCCAUGUUUUUGAACAAUUAUGUACGACUAACUCCUGAUCAACAGAGUCGCAAAGGAGCUGUUUGGAACAGUGUGCCUUGUAGGACAAUAAACUGGGAACUGCACGUUCAUUUUAAAGUGCACGGAGCUGGCACUGAUUUAGCUGGAGAUGGGUUUGCCAUCUGGUAUGUCAGAGAUGCCAUGAAACUUGGUCCAGUGUUUGGAAGCAUUGACAACUUUUAUGGACUUGGAAUAUUUUUCGACACAUAUUCCAACUACCAUGAAAAGCACAAGCAUGGAUUCCCAUACAUAUCAGUGAUGGUGAACAAUGGAUCACUGCAUUACGACCACGACUCUGAUGGCACAGGCACUGAGGUGGCUGGUUGUGAGGCACACUUCAGGAAUCUCAAAGUGGAAACAUUCAUUGCCAUUCGAUAUGAAAAUAACAAGUUAACUAUAUCUUUAGACAUUGAUGGCAAGAACACGUGGAGGACCUGUCUGAAAGUAGACAACAUUCUGCUGCCUACAGGAUUGUUCUUUGGAGCAUCUGCUGCUACUGGUGGAUUGUCAGAUAAUCAUGAUUUGAUCACUUUCAAGAUGUACGACGUGGGCACGGCGGAGCACGAAGAUGAAGAUGAGAUCAACGGAAGGAUGGCAAUUGUGCCUUCUCUGGAAGGAUUUGAAUAUGAGGAUUUUACCAAAACGGAAAAAGUUGUCAAGGAAUCCUGGUCCUUCCUCUUUAUUUUAUUUGUAAUUUUCAUGGUUGUCGUUUGUCUAGUGUUGGCUGCUGUUGGAAUUUAUUAUUUUUAUGAAAGUCGACAAAAUAAAAAACGCUUUUACUAACAGUUUUUUCGAUCUCACGUGCUAUUUUCCAUUCGUUUUAAUCAUUUUUUAGAAUCAAAUUCCUAUUUCGUAUUUUUAAAUUAUUAACUAAUCCUCCCAUUUUGCGUUGCAUUUUGUUUUGUUAUGUUUACUCAACCGUUCUUCAUCUUGAUGAAAUAAUAGAUUGUAUUAAAUAAAUCAAUAAAGGUGCCAAAGCUUG